GGCACCACUAGCCAUCAGCUGUAUUUGUUCACAAUGUCACCACAACCACUCACGCCACCAACGGUGAUCAGAACCGGGCAUGAUCAAUCUGGCAAGGCCAUCAUCUCGGACAGACUCCCAGAACAGCCGACGGCGCAGAUAGUCUCCAAUGGCGAUGCUUCAUUCUACCUCGCAUACACGACCGAGGAAUUCCCAGUCGACAUGAACAAGGACAAAGAUCUCGCAGCCUACCAGAAGUACGCCAGCCAGCCACCCGGACUCGUGGUUAGUGGCGGUACAGUGCUCCGAUACGUCGAUAUGGCGCCGGGAAUCACCAGUCCGAUGCACAGGACUGUGUCCAUGGACUAUGGUAUCGUCAUCGCCGGCGAGAUUGAGCUUGUCCUGGACAGUGGCGAGACGAGACUCAUGAAGCCGGGCGACGUGUGCGUGCAAAGAGGCACGAUGCAUGCUUGGCGGAACACAAGUACAACAUCGUACGCCAGGAUGCUGUACGUGCUGCUGCCGAGCAAGGCGUUGACGGUGGGCGAGCAGACGCUGGGAGAGGAUUAUGGCGGCACCAUGGACGGAGUGCGCGCGUCGACUUGAGAGGGAGCGGAGCGGAGGCAAGAGCGGACGGACGUGGUUGGUUGGCGGCGCGGCCGCGCAAUGCGGGCGGGGGAUGAGAAGGCACGAGGAG